AUGAGAGAGAGUAGCCAUAGACCUCUCAUAUUUGGAACCCCUUUCCUGUCUACUGUGGGUGCCAUAUUUGAUUUCCCCAAUCAAAGAAUCUCUUUCAACAAGGUGAACAAGGGUAUGUUCUUCCCUAUGUGUUCAACAAAGAACUCUUUUGUUGACAUGGUCCAAGAGGAGAAAGUUACUUUGAAGCCACCCCAAGAAGGAGAAACUGAAGAAACAAUCAAGGAAGAUCCCAUUCCUAAGCCCAAGCAGCUUGCCAAACAAGCAAGGAGUAAGACUAAGGCCCCUACACCAAAACCGCCCAAGGGAUCAACCAAGAUUGAAGAUGAGGCCAAGCCAAGAAGAAGGUUAGAAAAGCCUAGGUCUGGCCGCAACAUGAAGCUUCUAUUCCCAAAGGAGCUUAUUGAUGAGAAUCUAGAAGGAUUCAAGGAGAAAGUGACAAGAACUCUAAAGCUUUUUCCUAAGGCAGUAGUGCCAAGGGACAUUCAUGGAGAGAUUGUCUAUCCAGCUGUGAAUCACCCACCAGAUACUCAUUGCAAGGAGAAAAGACUUGGAGGAUCAAAGAUGCCUCUUGAUAGAAGGAGAAAAAGGUGUGAAAACACAAUCCGCGCCAAACAUUGGCCGCGGACGCGCAAAAGUGAAUUUUGGCCGAGCAAUUCCAACCGGGCCGACCGUACGGUCGAGCCGGGAAGGAACGGCGUGCUCGGCCGGAUUAUCUAUCGCGACAGAAAACGUUCGCGCGGCACGCACGAACCGGGAAAGAACGGCCGCGAUCGGCCGAUUUUGUAUCGGAACGGACCGACCGUGCCGGUCGAUCCGGGAAACAAACGAUCGGCCUCGGCCGAAAUCUCUCGCCAAACAAAUUUGGCCGACCAAAUCGCUCGACCGCGACAAAAUCCAUCGGCCAUCGGCCCAAACUUUUCUCGGCCAAGGUACCCAAUGGCAAAGACAAAAGGAAAUGAGAGUAUGAAGAAGAAGAAGAACCCAUUCAUGGAACCACCAAAGAAACAAAUCAAGCUAGGGAGUAGUAGCUCCAAUGCAAGAGCAGCAAUACCAACUUCACCACAUUCCAUUGAUGCAAGUCAAGAACAUGUGGAGAGUCCAAGAAGAGGAGAAGAUGAUUGGGCACUUGUAACUUUGUUGGAGAACAAAUCCAAGACCCAAGAAAGUGUAAGAAGGCAAUGGAGAAGGUGA